AUGCCUCCCUCAAUAACCAUCCUCCCGCUUGGUACUGCCUCCGCCGUUCCCUCCCUCACGCGCAACCAUUCUUCCCUCGCUGUGAUCCUCCCCUCCUCCUCCACCCUCAUCUUCGACGUCGGCGAAGGCACCCAGCACCGCAUCCAGCGCUUCCCUCUCAAGCUCAACAAGGUCGAAAAGAUCUUCAUUACCCACCUCCACGGCGACCACGUCUUCGGUCUAUGCCCUCUCCUCGCAACCCUCAUGAACGGCGCCGGCGGUACCGCCGAUCCCGACGCUGACCCACGUACCCACGACGCCGACGCUCCACCCACAAAGCCCAGAAUCGAGAUCUACGGCCCCAAGGGCCUCCGCGAGUACAUCCGCGCCGGCCUGACGCUCACAUACACGCACCUUGGCGACUGGUACGUCGUGCACGAGCUCCACUUCCCUCACGAUGCCCCGUCAGACCCCACGGAGCACUGCUACCUCAAGGAGCAUCCAUCAGGAACCAACAUCCCGCAGGACCCGCAGGGCUUCUGGCGCGACUUCGCAGCGUGGACGCACCCCGCACACGGCAAUGUCGAGUUCACGAUCUCGGCCGCGGAGAUCAAGCACUCUGUGCCCAGUGUUGGAUACGUGCUGACAGAGUCGCCGCGGCCAGGAAAGAUCCCGCGGGACUAUGCCGCGAGGAUAAGCAAGCACAAGGAGGCGCUGCAGCGCAGCGGCCAUGAGAAUCCAAUGAAGUUUCUGGGGCUGCUGCAGGCGUGGGAUUGUCCUGAGGAUGCGGCGCUGGAGCUGCCGGACGGGACGAGGCUUACGAAGCCGCCGAGGGUGAGGGGACGGAAGAUCACGGUGUUGGGGGACACGUGUGAUCCGAGCCCGAUUAUACCACUAGCAGAGUAUAGUGAUGUGCUGGUGCAUGAGGCGACGAAUGCCUUCCUACCCGGGCUGGACCCGGCCACGAAGGGGACGGAGACUUAUGAGGCGGUGGAGGAGCGGACAAAGUCGCGCGGCCAUUCGACGCCGGAGAUGGCGGGCCGGUUUGCUCAUGCUAUUAACUCUAGGUAUAAAGAUGACGAUGCGGAUGGGCCGGAUGGCGCUGCGAAGAAGAUCAUGGUGAGGAUUGGAGUGUGCGCUAUGGGCUCUUGGAUGACAGCUACGGGGUCGAGUGAAGGCCUUAGAGUGACUUGUGCGAGAGAUGGUGUACCUAUUGAGGUGAAGGGUUAG